CACACUUGACGCGUACGUCAUGUACAGCACUGUCACUUUGCAUUCUCAUUCGGUCCACUGACUCUAGCUGAUGAGGAGGUGUGGUAGUUGAGGCGGAAAUGCAGUGAAGUGUCUCCCCAGCGUGAGAGUCGCAUUAACUUACUCUGUGCGAGAAACAGGCGCAGUUUGAUGUCCAGUGCUUGUCCAUAAUUUUGCCAAGUCCUCAAAAAACAAUUUCCCGGCAGUAUGCUGACAUUCCAUCAGUAAACGGCCCAUUGAAACUGUGCUGAAGAUGGCUUAUCGACAUUUGGAGAGUGUGGUCCCUCACGGCGUAGUCCUCUUCUGCUUGGUCACGCUUGUGUCAGCACAGGAGUACGGUAAUGUGAGUGGUUGCCGGGGUGCGGAGGAGCACUUACGCUAUGAAGUGGUCAGCUUGGAGUGGGAAGAAGUUCAGGUGCCCUUUGGGAUUGGCGUUUGGAUCAUGAUUGCGAGCCUGGCCAAAUUGGGUUUCCAUUACACACGUUUGCCAGAGAUUCUCCCAGAGAGCUGCCUAUUGAUCAUCAUCGGCUUUGCAAUGGGCGGAAUUUUUAAAAUCAAUCCUGACGCCUUCCCUGACAGCCUAAAGACUGGACUGGAUGCCAACCUCUUCUUUCUUUUCCUUCUGCCUCCUAUCAUGCUGGAGGCAGGCUACUUCAUGCCCUCAAGGUCAUUCUUUGAUAACAUUGGCACCAUCCUCAUGUACGCUGUCAUCGGCACUCUCUUCAACACCAUUACAAUUGGUUUCUCCCUGUAUGGCAUCUCGGAGUUGGGCUGGUACAGUGCCGGGACAGGCACAGACGUACGUAUCUCGUUGUUGGAGUGUCUGACGUUUAGUAGUCUCAUAUCAGCCGUGGAUCCCGUCGCCGUGCUGGCUGUGUUUGAGGAGGUGCACGUGAAUGAGGUGCUUUACAUACUGGUGUUUGGGGAGUCACUGCUGAAUGAUGCAGUCACUGUGGUCCUAUACCGAAUGUUUGAAUCCUUCAAUGCCAUUGGAGCUGAAAAUCUUCUAGCCGUUGACAUCAUCGGGGGCUUCUUCUCCUUCUUUGUGGUGUCCAUCGGUGGGGUGCUGAUUGGACUAUUCUACGGCUUCCUGACGGCACUACUCACCCGCCUCACCCACAAGGCUCGUGUCAUCGAGCCCAUCUUUGUCUUUGUCAUGGCCUACUUGGCGUACCUCACUGCCGAGAUGUUCCGACUUUCCUCAAUUUUGUCAAUCGUCUUCUGUGCUAUCUUCAUGAAGCCCUAUGUAGAGUCCAACAUCUCACAGAAAUCACACACCACUAUCAAAUACUUUCUGAAAAUGAUGAGCAGCAUCAGUGAGACUAUCAUCUUCAUCUUCCUGGGUGUCACCACACUGGUGGACCUGUCUCAACAUCGGUGGAACACAAUCUUUGUGCUCUUCACUCUCAUAUUUUGCCUACUUUACAGAAGCAUCGGAGUGAUUAUUCAAACCUGGGUUGCCAACACCUUUCGCCUGGCUCACAUCUGCAAGACGGAGCAGUUCAUCAUGGCCUACGGUGGGCUGCGGGGGGCCAUUGCCUUCUCACUGGUUGCCUUACUGUGCAAGGAGACAGUGCUGAGCAAAGCCAUUCUCUUCACAACUUGCAUCGUGGUGAUCAUGUUCACUGUCUUUAUUCAGGGAACUACCAUCAAACCACUUGUGAACAAACUGAAAGUCAGGAAGGCAACCAAGCACAAGCCCUCCAUGAAUGAGGAAAUAUUUGGGCGGCUUGGGGACCAUCUCAUGGUUGGCAUUGAAGAGAUUCUAGGCCAAUACGGACACCAUCACUGGCGAGACAAAUGGGAGCACUUUAACAUGAGGUUUGUUGAGCCCGUUCUACUGCGUGAACGGAAAGUGGGUGACCCCAAAAUCUUAGAAGUCUUUAGUAAACUGAACGAGAAAGAUGCCAAAGAAUACAUUAAAUGUCAUGGCUCCUUUGCCCUUCCUAUUGACCAGUCCAUGUCCAACAUGCUACGUACUCAGUCAUCGGAUAUGCUCUCUACGACCGGCUCAGUGCCUUUCAGUGGACUGCCUGUAAAUGACAGCAUCCCGUGCCUGGAUAUGCAUCAAGUUGAAACCAAUGUUUCCCGUAAACUUGUGCACGCGUCGUCCUCACACCAUCUUGACCUGCUAGCAGACAAUAUGUACAAACCACAGAGACGCCACACUCACCGUAGGUCACGCAACAUGGACAGUGAUAUCCAGGAGCCUUCUCACUUGAUGCACCGGAGCCUGAGGAUCCAACUGCGACGCAUGUCCCACAAGCAUAACACAAAACACAAGAGCAACCCACUGCUUAGCUUGGCAUUGCAUAACAGUGCCAGCGAGAGGCAGAUCGCCAUGCGUCAUCAUCAGCCGGAACAGAACCACAACAAAGAACCAGAAAACCUUCCAGCAUCUGACGAACACCCUGCAGUAGUUAUCACUACAGAAGAGCCUGAGGACGAGGACCAGGGGAUCACAUUCAGUGCCAGGGAAAGCUCUGAUGCACCAGACGUUGGCACAGACAAUGUUGCAUUAUUACAAGUAAUCCCAGAAUCAACAGAGGAACUUAUCCAGGCAGCCUGUGAGAAAACCUUGCCUUGGAAGACAGAAACUGACCCUGAGGUCUCUGUUCGUGCUGAGAUGAAUCCCCAUCAGUUUGUCCCAGUGACACCUCCGACCCCUCGGAAGUUCCCCAUAGCUCCACCCCUCGUGUCCAAGACGGAGAGCACUACUGAUGAUUCAGUGCCUCUGACUGCUACCGAGCUGUUGCCAUGGAAGUCCAGUAGCGAGGUGUCAUCCUCAUGGCAAGGAUCACAGGAAGCCAAGGGCACACAGGAUGAAGACACCGAACCAGAUUCAGGAGCAGAUUGCAUUGUUCAAAUUAAAACACAGGAUGGAAAAAACAACGAAACAAUACUUUAAAGUGAGGUACU